UGUUGGAACGUCGAAAUGUCGUUGCGGCGAAACAAGUCACCGCACGUCGGGAACAAUGGACGUCCUGUGCUUGAAAGUCUGCGAGACUGUGUUGCGGCGACGCAGAAUUACCAAAGAUAGUUACAGAAACUGACAGAGAAGGCUAUACUGACAACGAAAGUAGUCAUGAAGAUAAUGAAGAUAUCGAAGAGAUCUAUAUCCAAAACUUUUUUUUUAAUCUGCG